CCCCAGCUCAGGUGGAGUGGCGGCUGGCGGAGCCGGUGGCCUUGCAGCUUUAAGGUGCGCGCGCAGACUGGUUCCCCGGGCCAGGCUGGUAGCGGGCGCCCGCUGUGCUUGAGGUCCAACCUCCUCCUCUUCCUCUGCAGCACUUUCCUGCUCCCUCUUCCAGGGCCACUAGGGUCUCCAGGAGCGUCCGCGGAGGCUGGCUAUGAAGAGCGACGCCCCGAUCUCCGCUGCGGCCCUGAAAGGGCUCGGAGGGCCCCUGCGGAGCAGCGAGCCUGCCCGCGCCCCGAGCCCGGCCGUGCACCUGCUGGAGGACGCGGCGGACCUCCUGACCGUGCACCUGGACUUCCCCGCGGCGCUGGAGGCCUGCGAGCGAGCCUGGCGCAUCCUGGGCCGCCCCGGGUCCCCGGCUCUGGAUCCCACCUCCACAGAGGUGCAAUGCUCCCUGUGUGUUGUGGGGAUUCAGGCUCUGGCAGAAAUGGAUCGGUGGAGGGAAGUCCUCUCUUGGGUUCUUCAGUAUUAUCAGAUCCCGGGAAAGCUGCCUCCCAAAGUCCUGGAGCUCUGCAUCCUUUUAUACAGCAAGAUGCAGGAGCCUGGAGCCUUACUGGAUGUAGUCCGUGCCUGGCUCCAAGAUCCAGACAAUCAGAGCCUUCCAGAAUAUGGGGCCUUGGCUGAACUUCACCUGCGGCACGUGCUGCUGCCCCUGGGCUGCUUGUCCGAGGCUGAGGAGCUGGCGGUGGGAUCUGCAGGCUUUGGUGAGCAGCAGCGGCUAGAAGUGCUCCAGGCCAUUAAUGUGACGAGGCAGCAGCACACGCAGAUGCAUUCCAGCUCCCAGGAGCCUCAGAAGCUGAGCCAGGAAGGUUCCUUCUCCCGUAAGUGGCUCUCACUACUGACGGUGCUUCGCCGGCUCUGGGAUUCCGCACGGAGCUACCUCCUGUCUCAGCCCUUCAAGAAGAGCCUCUUCAUUGCCUUGAUCCUCUGUCUCUUGGUGGUACGGUUUGACCCAGCGUCUCCCUCUUCCUUGCCUUUCCUUUACCAGUUGGCUCAGCUCUUCCGAAGGAUCCAGAAGGCCACGCUCUCUCGCCUCCACUCUCUUGCCCUACGUGACUGAAGACUCCCCCCAGGCCGCCCUGGCCUUACUGUGCACACCUCCAGGAGCAGAACAGCUUGCCUGUGGCCGGCGGGGAGCCUUUGAGUGCCCCGUGCACCCCAAGCAUUAUGUGCACCUGGGCAUCCCGUGCACCCCGCUGCUGCUGGCCGCCUGGGGGACGGGGAGGCCGUGGGGACAGAGGCCCAGCUGCCCCAGAGCAACACCUUUGACUCCAGUGUCCCCUCCAAAGGGCGCAGGGGGCUUUCCAAGUCAGGGUAUCCAUGGAGCCCAAGGCUCGCCAGUUCGGAGACAUCCCGGCUUUUCACCUUCCUGAAACCUACCCGCCGAGCAGUGUCCCUCUGUGCUCCUGGUCCCGCGGUGAGCGGGGGCCUCUGCGGCCGAGAGGCCGCAGCUUGGGCAGCGCAGGUGACCGCUGGCAGCGCCGUGAGCCAGCCCGACCGUAUCUCCGGGGAAAGCGAUCUUUCUCUGUGUCUCUUGGUCUUCAGCUCAGUUUUCCAGAGUGUCAGGAGCCAAGCCCUGCUCGGUUGCACCUGGUGCCUGCCUACUGUUUCCUAUCACCAUCCCGGUCUUUCCCCGGUACGCGCCGUAGCGGGUCACCGUUCUGUGUCCCUUUGUCCUACUUUUGUUACAUUUUUUGUAUAGUGUCCAAAUUUUUCUGCUCGAAUGGCUGUGAAAGUAGGCUAGCCUCAGAGCUGCGGAACUGAAAACGGAACUGGGUAAUCAGGUGAGCUGGGAGGGCUUUGGGGGCUGGGCUGAGGGAUGAGGCACUGGCUUUGGCAGGGAGGAGUUGACAUGUUUCAGUUUCUCUGCCUGCUGGCCACAGGGUUCCUAUGUGCUUCUGUGUAAGACCUGAGACUACACAGUGAAUUCCAGGUCAGCCUGGGCUAGAGUGAGAACCUACUUUAAAAAAAAAAUAGGG